UCCUCUCACAGUGGAUCAGAGUGUUGAUCAGUCCAGUUGAGCUUGAUCUUUCUUUCUCUCUCUCUCAAGAUGAUCUGGACCCGAGUGCUCGUCCUGCUUCUGCUGGCCACCCUCCUCAUCCUCAGCUUUUCCGGUGUGGUGGAAAACGCGGCUGUACGAGAUGAUUCCAGACCAGAUCGCCCUGAAGGUGUCGCUCGGCAGAUCUUCAUGCCCGAGUCGGACGCCUCAAACUUCUUCAAGCGCCGCAGCCGCCGCUCGACCCGGUACUACGAGCUCCAAGCCGAGCAGAGAGUGAAGGUCCGCCAGAGCGAGCAGAGGAGGGAGUACAACGAGGAGCAGAGCAACGAGUACCACAACUACAUCAAGGAGUACCGGGACGAGAUAAACGAGAGAACGAGGGAGACGAACGAACAGAUCCGGGAGUAUCACUACGACGGCCUCUACCCCCGCUUCUACUGGUUCCACUGAGCCUGCAGCUGAACUUUGACCUGCUCCAGGAGCUGGACUUCCUUCUCUGCAUUUCCCACAUUUUAAUCUCCAAGAAAACUCAAUUUUUUAAGAUCUAUUUCUAUUGUCAAACUGUUCUGUGUUUUCAAUUUGCAUGCAAUCUUUUAUAUGUUCAUAAACACGAUGUCAACCUGUGUAAACGUCAAUAAA